AUGGUGCGACUCACCAUCAAACUUGCUGUAAACGACCACAAAAUGGACGACGGGUGUAAGGCGGUUGAGCGGAAGUUGAACCAGUUCGGAGAUUUUGAGGAUGUGACGAACAUGUCAGUGAACGACUGGGACUAUCGCUGGUCCCUCGGUCAAACCAAGUUCCACAUGCCCAAAGUGCAUCCAAUGCUGCAAAAACACAUGGAAAGGCUGACUAAAGGCAAGAACAAAGCGUCCGUUUUUGUUUCUCUCUGCGGAAAGACACUGGACAUGAAAUGGUUGUUGGACGAGGGACAUGAGGUCAUUGGUAACGAAUUUGUAGACAGUGCCUGCAGGCAGUUCUUCGAAGAACACAACAUUCCUUACACCAGUACCCCUCUUACAGGGAUAGAGGGCGUCCUGUAUCAGGCCACGGAUGGUACUCCAAUAAAACUAUACCGAUGUGACUGCUUUGAUCUUUCUAGCAAACUCUGUGGACAAUUCGACUGCAUGUGGGACAGAGGCGGUUUUGUUGCACUUCCGGUGAAAGACAGAACUAGGUACGCCCGGGUGAUGGCAGACUUGAUGAAGAAGGACGGUCGAUACCUGCUAGAUUGCUUCCUAGUGGACAACAGCGUAUUCGGGGGUCCUCCGUUCAACUGUGAUCAAAACGAUGUCAAACAGGCAUUUGGGAAACUUUGCAAAGUGGAAAAGAUUGAUACCGAGGACGCUUUUACAAAGUGGCAAGAGGCAUGGGGAAUUGACUCAUUCAUUGAAGAUAUUUACCUGCUCGAAAAGAAAUAGCUUCGAGAAAAUGUACUACAAAGUUCAUAACUUCAUGUCUUGCAUUGGUGGGGUAAAAGGGAGUUUUGACAAUGAUAACGGCGCUUUUUCGGCGUAGUGGUAUAAUAUGUGUUUUGACAUAAACGCUCUUUAUUUCCUCUGAACGAGACACAUAAUUAUAUUAAAUAACAUAACAAAUGCAUCAAAUA